AUGUCACAGCAACAUGGGGUUCUUCCCAUGCCGGCGUCUAUAGAGACAGCGCCACCAGCCCACGGAACCUCCUCGGGCUUGCAUACAUCGGCUCCCACCGUCGAGCGGGUCUCGCCUUCCCUGUCGUCCUCAUUGAAACCUAGCCGCCCACCGAGCGCAAUCUCGAGUAAAGUACAGAUCCCGAAAUUAUCCCCUGCGACCACUGAACUCGUGGCUCGGGUCACUGGCCAUAGGAAAGGGGAGAAGCAGAGGAAUGAGACUAAAUUCGUGACGUGGAACCCACCAUCACUCAGUCAAGGCUGGAAUCAUCCACGCUUGGAACCAUCAAGCACAAUGAAGGCCUCUUCUACUAUCAUAGAGCUACCCACAGCUCCGUUCGUGUACUCGAGUCAUAUGACAACCCCUGCGGUUUCUCAACAGGCUCCUGUUACUACUCCUUCCACUACAUCUCCAUCUACACAUACAUAUACAUCUACACUUCCCCAGGGUGGCCAUGACAAGCCAACAAGUCUUGUUAAUAUUGCACCCAAACCCGCAGGGCCACCUUCAUUGGAAGCCCCAGCACCACCGCAAGAUUCACUACCACCACCACUGCCUUCACAACCCCAGCCUGUAGCCCCGGCGGCUAAAGAUUCACCCCCAUCCGCUAAGCGCAAGAGAGCAGCAGUUGACUCACGCCAACGAAGGAGUACUACCAACGGAACCAAGCGCAAGAAGCGCCGGCGUGGUAAUGACAGUGAUGGAGAAGAUAUCAUCCGAGCUGGAGACUCGAGCUCCGAUGAAUCUGACGUUGCGCCGACGGCGACACAAACUAAAUCUGGUCGGCAGGUUAAUCGUCCUUCAUUAUAUGUACCUCCGUCCGCAUCACCGACGGUUGCGAAGGACAGCAGUAACUCGCUGGAGGCAUCGGAUACCACUCAACGGCAGGCUGCAGCCGUUCGGAAACGCAAGCGGGUGUAUCGCAAACCGAAGGACGGGAUCGUCAAUUGUAUCCACUGCCAGAGGGGACAUAGUCCGCAGAGCAAUGCGAUCGUCUUCUGCGAUGAGUGCAAUGGGCCCUGGCAUCAGCUAUGUCAUGAUCCUCCUAUUGACUCGCAGGUUGUCACAGUGAAGGAGAGACAAUGGGUCUGUCGGGAAUGCAAGCCCGUGCCGAUUACCAUUCUCCAGCCGACGGUUGUUAGGAGCAAUCCUAGUCUCACGGGGCCGUCAUUAGGUCCUCCCGUGCAUGCGCCGUUAUUAAUGCCCAAGAUGGAAGUAGGAGGGGAGGGCUCCUCGGCAGACGAGCGACGGGGCUUUCUCUCGGGCUUGUCGCAUGCGACUCUUGUUGAACUACUGGUCACUCUGUCAGACCAACACCCGGCGAUACCCAUGUUUCCUAAAAACUUAAAGACUUUACAGUCGAAGUUCUCGUUCAAGCCGAACAAUGCGGCGAUUCCUACUCCAACCUCAACCUCCUCGAAUACCCCAACUUUCACUAACUCGAUAACCCACGCUUUAACUAAUGGUGUAGACGCGGCCCAGCAAAAGUCAGGUGUUACUCCUGACUUCCUGCCUACUCCCUCUUCCGCUCCCCAAACGCAGCACGACCUGUCGGAAGAGUCUGACUAUGAAUUCUCAGAGCAUCGUCUGUACCCGCGUGCCGGGAACGGAUUCCGUUUGUCGACGAAUGCGGACGACAUGGACAUCAUGUUUGAAGACGUCUCAUGUCGCACGUUCAGCUACGCAUUACACGGACCGGCACGGGUUCGAGCGCAGGCGAACGAAGUCGCACCUAUCUGGGGUUCGUGA